AGAGAGAGUCAAAUGCAGAGAGGAGCAGGGACAAGAGCAGAAGAGAGCUGUCAAGCUGCAAGGAGGCAACACUGAGACAAAUUCAUUUUUUUCCUCUUCUUUUUUCUCACCACAUCUCUGAUACCCACAGACACACACGCACCCAACCCAAAGACACAAGCCCACAGAUGGUGAUGCUACAUGCUUACAAGGAGCGCAAAAUUAUUUUCAGGAUUUGGACUCACGUCCUGCAAACUGGGACAUCUUUGUGACUUGGACUCACAUUCCAAUUGGAAUUAUUUUUCUAUUUCUCUGAACUGCUUGUUUAUUUAUUUUAACAGUGCAACACUUUGGUGCCUCCACUGACACCAAGAGAGUUUGGGCAGUUGUGAACUGCCUGAUUUGGUCCGAUCCGGAGCCAAGACUGUGACUUAGUGGGUGUUCUUGUGUGUGAGGAGUAGGAGGAUGUGUGGAGCGGCAACAGUGGUGCUUCUAGUCCACCUCGGAGCCACCUUAACGGGGGCCUGGAAAGCAUCUCAGCCACGACUGCAGUUCACACACUCCGAACUGAUCCAGAAUGGGCGCUUGCUGACGCUGCCCUUGGACGCGGGAGAUCUGCACUCUCUGCUGCCUGAUGAAGAUGGGAUGCAUCUUUAUGUGGCUAUGAAAGAUAAUCUGUUGUCGACCAGCAUGGAUGACAUUACACAGAACCCCCGCAAGUUGCAUUGGCCUGCCAGCCCGGAUCGAGUCCAAGAAUGUCUAAUGGCUGGAAAGGAUCCAGAGAUGGAGUGUGCUAACUUCCUACGAGUCCUGCAGCCCUACAACAAGACUCACCUGUAUGUGUGUGGCACAGGGGCCUUCAACCCAAGGUGUGCUUUUAUAGCUACCAGCAUCUUCCAACAGCCAGGACACCAGACCCUCUCCUACAGCCAAACCGAAUGUGGGAAGGGCAAAUGUCCGUACGAUCCGUUUCAGAAAACAGCAUCAGCAGUUGUCGAUGGCGAGCUGUAUGCUGGCAUUACUUCAGACUUCAUGAGCAGAGACUCUGCCUUCUUCCGUAGUCUUGGCAACCGGCAUGUCAUCCGCACCGAGCAGUACGACUCCACCUGGCUGCAGGAUGCCCAUUUUGUGCGGGUCGCGCCACUGUCUGAAACUGAUAAUCCAGAAGACGAUAAGGUCUACGUGUUCUUCACUGAGCGCGCUCAGGAGGCCGAAGGGGCCACUGGGAAGGUGCUCCACUCCAGAGUGGCCCGGGUGUGCAAGAAUGACAUUGGAGGCCAGAGGAGUUUGGUGAACAAGUGGAGCACCUUCCAAAAGGCUCGUUUGGUGUGCUCAGUCCCAGGACCAGAUGGCCUGCAGACACACUUUGACCAAUUGCAGGAUGUCUUCAUCCUCCAUGGCAAAGACAAGAAGAACCCACUCAUCUAUGGCCUGUUUACCACUUCAAGCGACAUCCUCAAUGGCUCAGCCAUAUGUGUUUACCGAAUGGAGGAUGUGGUUCGGGCUUUUAAAGGAAACUUUCUGCACAAAGAGGGGCCGCAGUACAAGUGGGCAGAGUUUACUGGCAAGGUGCCCUACCCACGUCCCGGAACUUGUCCCAGCAGCACAUAUGGAAGCUACAGUUCUACAAGGGAAUAUCCCGAUGAUGUCAUCUUCUUCAGCAGGACUCACCCGCUGCUGGAGGAAAAUGUGUUGCCCUUGGGAGAGCGUCCUCUCCUUGUCAGAGUUGGUGUUCACUACAAGUUUAGCAAACUGCUGGUGGACAGAGUAGAAGCCGUGGACAGCACCUACGAUGUCCUCUUCAUCGGCACAGACUCUGGCCUAGUUAUGAAGGCCAUCCAUCUGCCCAGAGAACACGGACCAAGUCAGGAGGUAACCCUGGAGGAGCUGGAGGUCUUCCAGUAUAAGUCACCAGUGACGGUGAUGACGCUCUCUAAGAAAAAGCAGUGGUUGUUUGUGGGCUCCAGGGAAGGGGUCUCCCAGCUUGGCUUGUACCAGUGUGAGCUGUACGGUGAAGCCUGCGCUGAGUGUUGCCUGGCCAGAGAUCCAUAUUGCACGUGGGAUGGACAUGCCUGCAGCCCCUACAUGCCCACUGUGCGCAGAAGGAACGCUCGACACCUGGGCGAGGAUGAAGAUCCAUUAACUCAAUGUGUCAGACAAGGAGCCGGGCUGCAGGUGGAGGCCGAGCAGAGGUUGAUGAUGGUUGCCGAGGGCAACAGCACCUACUUAGAGUGUCUUCCCCGAUCCAGGCACGCUGCCGUCAUAUGGUACAAGCAAGCCGGAGAGAACAGCCCCGAACUAAACCAGGUGAUGUCAGGCGAGCAGGUGGUGAUAAUCGAGCGAGGCGUCCUCAUCCGUCGGGCCGAGCUGUCUCACAGCGGUGUCUACCAUUGCCAAGUGGAAGAGCACGGCUACCACUGGACCGCCGUCACCGUCCACCUGGCGGUCUGGAGCCCCUCGGCCGAGCGACUCAUGACGUCCUGGUCCGCCUCCUCGCAUCAACCUUGGUACGGCGACGCCAUGACGCUGGUUCACCCGAGGAACCUGGGCCAGCACUGCCGCGCUCUGGGGUACCGCCCGCCUCGCAACCGCCACCGUGACACGGUGGUGCAGGGCGCUAAGGAGAAGGCGAGGGCCGAGAGGCACAAGCACGGUGGAGGACGGGGAGGAGGAGGUGGAGGAGGAGGAGGAGGAGGAGGGAGGUCAGCGGGUAGGAAGAGCAGGAGCAAGCCACAGCAAAGAACGCCGAGGAGCGCUUGAAUAUGUCGCAGAGCAAACGCUACACGUGCAUGUCCACACACACAUCUUGUUCAGGGUGGGCCGGAAUUCAUGACUCUUGGGGUCUCCAACGCUACCUGUUUUGUCAAAGAACUAGUUCAAACAAAGUCUUUCUAGUGGGCUGUAAGUUAUGCACAUUACUCAGCAUACUUCAAUAAGGUCCGUUUAAGAAACCACAUCACACAUUUAAAACAUUUGUUAAAGCUUUACCCAUUCCAAAUCGUAUUAUUUUAUUUUUGUAUGAAAUUAUUCAACAUUAAAUACGUUUUGGCAAACAUCAGUGAAAUGAUAAAAUAAGCAAAGGGAGAAACACAUCAGUCAUGAAUUCUAGCCACGCUGUACGUUUAAGAUAUUUGCAUGCACUUGCCAUCUUAAAAAACAACAACUUUUUAUUACACUUUAGUGACUGAUGAACAUUCAAAGUGACAAAAUGACUGUGUUUGAACUCAAGAAGUAAUCAGAUGGAAUACUUCACGGAAUGAAGAAUCAGCUGCGUAUCCACGUUUCACUCUGACUGAAUAGGAGUCUUGUUCAUAAAGUAAAUAUUCCACAUGUA